AUCGUUUAGUGUGUUGACUCCGUUUCUGAUCGAUUGGGCAAUAUGUCUCGUGUGACGCUUGACGUCAAUUGCGCGUCAUCGGACGGCGAUCGCUGGAGAGAGGAUGAAUUUAGUAACAAAAUAUUUGAACACGUUAUGAAAUGAGAUGACGCAUUGGGAGAAUUUGUUUUUAUCGUGCUCCGCUUCUUUCUCCAUCUCUGCUCGAAUGGCGGAUUCCAACAGCUGGAUAAUCGACAAGGAAUUGUAAAGAACAUUCCCCGAACUUCCAGCAGACGAUCUACUUUACCGACUAUGCAACUGAAUCUACAUAUACAAUCCAGGAGGCCGGCGUGAAGCUAGAAGCGUCGUUGCCGUCGUUGUGUAGUAAGACAAAUUUUUUGGCAAAUAAUCUCGUGACACACGGGAGCUAGGAGCAUUAUUGAAAUCGAUUGAUCAAGGAUUCAGAUUUUGUUAAACAUGGAUAUGGAUAGAUCGAGCAACGGCGAGUACAAGUAUCAGAGAGAUGAGGAUACCGACGAAAAACCCAGAUUACUGGAUGAUUCUGAGGAUAAGGAUCUUCAAGUCGACAAGGCCGGCGAAUAUAUGCAGGAACUCUUGCAUGAAAAGGUCGAGCUGGACGGCCAAAAAUGGCCAAAUGCCGUCCGCUUGCUGGAUCAAGAGAUUUCAAAAACUGAAACUAUGCGAAGACCAUUGAGAGAGUCAAAAUAUGUGGAUAUUUAUCGUGAAAAACAUGUUCGUGUCUCUGUCAAAGUCUUGAUACCUGUCCGUGAACAUCCUAAGUUUAAUUUUGUUGGAAAAUUGUUGGGGCCAAAAGGCAAUUCCAUGAAACGUCUGCAAGAAGAGACAAUGUGCAAGAUGGCAGUAUUAGGCAGAGGAUCGAUGAAAGAUAAACAGAAAGAAGAAGAACUUCGUGCUUCCUUGAAUUUGAAAUAUGCGCAUCUUGCUGAUGAUCUACAUGUGGAGAUUACAGCUAUCGCCGCACCAGCAGAAGCUUAUGCACGUAUUGCUUACGCGCUCGCCGAAGUGCGAAAAUAUUUGAUUCCUGAUAACAAUGAUAAUAUACGUCAAGAACAAAUGCGAGAAAUGGAAUUGAGUGAUGAUAAUGUUUCAAAUGAUCGAAGACCUUCAAUGAGAGGCCCUUCGAACCUUGGUAAUGUACCAAGACCUGCUGGGCGACAGGCGUUACCUAGGACCUCUAGAGCUAUUCUUCCUCCACCACCUGUAAAUCGUGGGCCACCCAAUAGACCGGCACCGUCCAAAUCGAAGGUGUUCUCGAUUUUAGAUCGUGCAAGAGCUGCUAUGGAUUCAAGUUAUAAUUAUGAUACUCAGACUCCGCCGCCAACAAACCGUGCUGGAUCACAUCAUGAUUAUGAUUAUCAUGGAUCAUCAGGUAGUAACACUCGAUACGGCGGCGAUCGUCAUUACACACCAAAUUCUGGAUACACGACUUAUGAGUACGAUGAUGAUUCUGCACCACAUUCUUCACGUGAUUAUUACGAAUCUUCGGACUAUCCAGAGGAGUCGUCGAGCCGCGCUUGGAAAUCUUACAAGACUACAACGACAUCAGGCGCAGCCUCGCGCUACCGCACCACCCCAUAUACACGACCUUCCAACAUUGUUGCUAAUCCGUUGGUGAGUAAUCUUCCUAAUGCACGACGGCCUAUGAUGCCCACUAUGCAGAAACUGGUAAUUGAAAGAAAUCGUUCUUAAUUGCUCGGCAGCACAAAGACUAAUAUGGUAAUGAUGCGCAAAUAUUGUUCUUUUUUGACGAUUUUUAAAAUGGAUUGAAAAUUAUUAAAAUAGAACAUUGAUAAAAAUUUCUUAUUCUAAGAAAAAUUUAUUUCUCGUUUAAUUUCUUUUCUUUUCUAAAAAAAACCAAGAGACUUCUAAAACUAAAAGAUUUAUACUGUCUAUUUUAUUUUAUUCCUCCUUUUCAGUUAUAAAUUCUGUAUUUAAAAGUUUAUUUUAUCUUAAUUUUUUUCAUAAUAGAUUCAAUAAUUUUCAGAUUAUUUUUCGCGGCCACUGGAUAAACAGCAACAUAAACUAAACCAUAAUUAAAAAAUAUCCAAUAUAAAAUGUUUACAUAUCAGCUAAACUUCAAUAUUUUUGAUGAUAAACGCGAUAUAAAUUUAUUCCUUUGAAAAAAGAUUCAAUUGCUUGUUGUACUAUAAUUUCAAUUUAAUGAACCUAAUUUUCUAUGAAACAUUAAUUCCAUUUCCUAAAUCCUUUUCCUAAAAUUUUCAACUACAGAUGGAUUUAAUUAUUACAAGAAGUAAAGGACCAAGAGGAUCAAUGGGAUAAUUCAAAGUAAAAAGCUUUGAAUAAUAAGAGUUAUGAAUUUGAUAAUCUAUAUACGAAUAUACUUAACAUUACAUAUACAAGUUAAGUCGGAAUUAGAGACUAAACGAUUUUUAUUUUUAUUUUUCGUACUUAAUAUAUGGUUUGAAAAUAAGUUAAACGAGAGACAUUAAAAAACAAAAAUCUACUUUUAAUCAAAUUGUAUAUUAAUAUUAGUUUUCUAAUCGCGCUUAAGCAGAUGUAGUUUGAAUAUACUGAGAUAAUUGAAAUAUCAAAAUAAUAUUGCAUUGUAAACAGAACAAUUUAAACGAUUACAUUACAUACAAUGCAAACUAAGAUCAUAAAUUGAUAACAAAUUCAAACAUAUAUAUGAAUGCGUUAUAAUAUGACGCUUAUAUUAAAUGUUUAACGAGUAGCCUCUAUUCAUUAAAAUUAAAAUGCUUAACGUGUAGCCUUAAAAUAUUAACAAUCUGUAUUAUCUAUUAUGUAGAACAAUUCAAGAUUACGAUUAACACAUAUUAUAUAUAAAUCCAAUAAUUUCCAAUAUAUGAAUAUCUAAAAUAUGUAGACUGUAACUCAUAAAUCUGUCAUUAAAAUAACAUGUAACAUGUAAUCUUCAAAAAUUGAAAUAAAUAUGAAAUAAUAAUAUCAAA